CUGAGAACUUCAACGUCAAAUUUCAAGAUAAUAAACAUCUGUAUUAAUAUGUUUUCAAUGUGAUUUUCGAGUAAAAAUUUAAUAGAUAAACUUGUUAAAGUUUACAAUGAAUAACGUUGAAAUUGAUGACAUUUAUCAUCAUGACUUUACAACAACUUCUGAGUGGGAAGUGUUUAUUGCAAGAUUGGAAGAAAUAAUACACGAAUGGAAACUUUCCAAUCUUAAAACUUAUAAAGCAUUAAAAGAAGCAGAUUUUAAUUUACCAUGGGAAGAAAAUACAGAGAAAGUGAAUUUUGCAGAUGUUGAAUUUUCAUUCAAAUAUUAUCGACUAAAAGUAGAUGAAAUAAAAUCUGAAUCAAAUAAUAAGCUAUUAUUUGAUAGCAAGGAAGAUUCUUGGACACAAUGUCAAAAGGAUAUACUAAAUGCCACAAAUGAUUUUGCACAGUUAGAUCAAGAUAAGUUAGAGAUCGCUCGGCUCUAUGGAAUUAGAGAAUUUUUAUUAUUAAUGCCAACAAAACAAAGUUUAAUAACUGAUGAAACUAGAAUAAAAAUUUUAUUAAGCUCAUUAACUGUAGCUUUGAGUAAUACAUAUUGUGAAGUAGCAGCAUUUGUUCAAGUACAAGAGCAUUGGCAAAAAUUUUAUCUCGGAGUAAAUAUUGGUAGAAAAACCAGAAUGCACUUAAAUAUGGUUCAUUUAAAGAAAAUUCCAUCUCACUGCAGACAUCUGACAGGAUUAUUAACACUAUUUAAACAAAAAAUUGGUGAAGGCUGUGGUAUAAAAUUAGAUUCUGUAUUAGUAUCGGUUAGAUUAUCUUAUUCUUUGAAAGAUUGGAGUAAUACCACAUGGACCCAAGAUCCACCAGAUUUUGAAUUUAUGCAAGGUGAAACGGUUGGUGUCGAUGAACUAGGAAAACUUCCAUUCGGAGCUACUUUUGAUCCAAUAAAAGAAUUUCAUUUAUUUGUAAGCUGGUUGGAAAUAUGUGAAAACGUUAUUAUUGACAGCGAAGGUUUUAGUGAUUUAGAACCUUUAACAGCUCCACAAUGGUCAUUACAAGUUGAAAUUUCAUCACCCAUUUGCUUACUUAACGAUUAUCUCUCAAACUUUUUAGAAUUAUGCAGUAGCACCAAGAGCCUAAUCGAGCUUUUAGGUGUGGGUGCUGCAUAUACUGACAGUGAAAGUCAAUCAUUAAGUUCUGCAUUUAAUAUACUUACGGAAUCUAGAAUUCCUUCAAUUUCAACCGUAGUUAGUAAAACUACAUCCAAAAAUAGUAAAAAUAUAGAUGGACCAAUUACAGAGGACGUUUUAUUACCAAUUUUAUAUUUUUUAUUUCCGGAUGCAGAAGAAAUGCCGAAAGCACCUUAUGAUGAUAAAAUCAAUUAUAACGUAGACGAUGACCAAUGGAAAGGUGUAAAAACUUGUGCUAUUAACGGAUUGAUAUGGCGUCUCGCCAUUGUGGCAGCACACUGCGCUUACAAUUUAGGUAGCAUGUCCGCACUUGCUCAACUUUGGUACGAAUUUGUACAAGAAGUAAGAUUUCGCUGGGAAAAAUGUAUUCCAAUACCAGGAAUCGGUCCCGGUUUUCCUGAUUGCGUUCGCACUUGCUUGUUACACCAGAAACUUCAGAUGAUAAAUUGCUGCAUCGCCCGAAAGAAGAUGAGAGAGGAGUGCGAAAGGAAAGAACAUAAUCUGGUUAUCGACGAAGGAGAAAGUAGUGAUGACUCGGAGGAUGAUGAAUUUUUCGAAUGCCUGAACGAAGAGGCAAACGACGUCGGCAAAAAUCCGCCAUGGAAUCGUCCAGUCGGUAGAUUAGCCAAACACCCUACGCUUCGACUCGUUCAAACGGGUGAGGCCCUUUAUUUACCGGUCACACAAGAUCCUGUGCCCAAAACCGAGGAUCAGCUAGAAGAGGACGCCGAGGUGAUGAUGCAGCUUGGCACUGAUAAAACUGCCUCGAUGAUGCGCGCUCGACUUAUGAGCGCUUCUUUGCUUUCCGACAUGGAGUCCUUCAAGGCAGCGAAUCCUUUGGCUCUCCUCGAUGAUUUCAUCAAAUGGUACUCGCCCCAUGACUGGAUCGCAGAGGAUAGCCUGGACCAAUGGGGUCAACCAAUCGGCCACCUAUCUCAACGUAUGCUCAUUAAAAAUAAUCCGUGGUCAAGUACGUGGGAGUCAGCGGAGCCGGUGCCGGCGCACCGUCAGAAGCGCCUCUUUGACGACACGCGCGAGGCUGAGAAGGUCCUUCACUAUCUUGCUUCAAAGAAUAUCGGCCAGAUUGGUCAGCUUCUACUUCCGGUACUAGUGCAUGCUGCUUUGGUUACAUUGCACGACCAGGUAGCCGAGGCUCUACCGAUGCCGGAGCCGCGAAUCCACUUGCAAAGCAUACGGUACCGACUUCAGACCGCCACUACAGCCAUUCGCCAGAAGCUGCAAACUUACGAGGAGAUCAAUUGCCUCAUUGGAAAGGUCGAAGUUACAAUAGCUCAAAUGAAUUCGUUGCGAGUAAAGCUGACCGACCAGAACAGCGACUCCCAGGAUGAAGAGCUAAUUUCUUUCCUUCAUUCGCUGAUGGGCAAUAAUAAAACCUCUGUACCAAAUGGAUAUAAUAGUGCCAUUAGAACCCGUAUUGCAAAUAUGUUUUACGAUGUUCAAAAGGCGGCGCACAUAACGAUGACCAACAGUACCAGCGAUACAGAUAUCAAAACUGAUGGAAAAUUUAAAUCUUUCCCAGCACCUGUCCAUAAAGAGUUUAUUUUACGUGCAACGGCUUCACGACCUUCGUCUUGCUCGAUUCCGCAGCCUCACCGACUUUACGUUAGUCUCAAGAAAGAUGCCAUUCAUAUGGCUGGAGCUUUUUCGGAAGAUACCAUAUUUUUUUAACGUUUACAAUUGAAAAAGUUAGGAUGUAAAUUAGCCGUACUUCUUAUGUAUACAUCAAAUUUCAAUUAAUUUUAAUCGUU